UCUUCCCAUCAGAUAUGUAUACAGUCAUCAAAGAUCCGAACAAAGAACCCGCCACUUUCUAAAAAUCUUAUCCUCUUAUCUUCUCUAUAACUUUUAACCUGUACCGAAAUUGAUGAUCAUCCUGUUAUAUGUGUAUCGUAUUAUACUAAUCAGCCUGACAAAUGGCAACAGAUUCGUUAUAAAGAGGUUUUUAAGAUAGAACUGUCAUAUGAACUGACUUAAGCUAAGAUAAAAGAACAUGGAAUACAGUGAAAAAGAUUCCAGUAGUCAAGAUACAGAUAGUGAUGAAGGCAACAUGCCUCCACAGAAACAACAACGAAGGAGAGCUAAAACUGGCAUUAGAAUUCAAAGGAAAAGAAAAGCUGUUAGACAUGAUAUUGAUACUCCCUCCAUUACAACCUCACCUGGUCAAGCUGAUCUUAUGAUACCAUCUUCAACUACAGAUUGGAAUAUGUCCCAUCUUGAAUCAUUGAGGAUAUAUUUUGAAAAUGCACCUAAACCAAUAUCAGAACUUUUAGAUAAAGUUUUUGAGUAUACAGGAAUGUUUGGUCCUCUGAAUGAGGAACAAUUAAGGCGUGUAAAGAAACACCAGGAUAGUAUGUUAUUUUCUACCAGUCUAGCUGAUGUGAUAGAUUAUGCUUCUGAGUAUUAUCAUUAUUCAAAUAAACAUUGUGAUUCUAGAAGUUAUGAAGAAAUCAUUACAGAACUUGAUAGAGUUAGUGGUCUCCAAAAACAAGGUCAAAGUCUUGAUCAAGUAGUGUACUUUUUAAAUCAUAUAAUGAUGAUAAUACAAAAAAUGAGAUUUUCAUUAAAGACAUUGCCCAAAGCUGGUUUUAAGGACUUGUUAAAAAUAUUUAUCCAGUUUAGUGGUCUUUUUGCAAGUGAUGGCAAACUUUGGAAAGCAGACAGAAUAAUUAUGAAAGAUCAUGAAGUGAUGUCAGGAGCAGAUGUUGCCAUAACUUCAGUGGGAGUAGAUCAAGAGGAAUUUGAUGAUAUAAGUGCACUUGUUUCUAUUGCUGAGGUAAACAACCAUGACAACUUAACAUCCCAAAACAUAAAAGAUCAGGAAAUUAAAACACUGUCUAAGUUAAUUUCCGAUUCUUCUGACAGUCACAUCAGUGAAGGACCUGCUCAAGGAAUGCCAUCUAUCUGUAAUUGGAUUAGCAGUAAUGUUCUUGGUCAGCAUGGGGGAGAGUUAUUAAUCCAUUUUGAUAACUUUGCAGGGAUUUUAACACAGAAGGAUUUUUUCUUCCGCCCAGGCAUGAUUCUAAUUGGAACAAAGGUAGUAUUAACCUUACUAGUUUGCAGUAAAACGCAUUGGAUGGAAAUUACAGAUAUAGAUUCUAUUCAAAAGGGGACCAGUUUCAUUUCAUACUCAGAGCCUAAGGAUUUGUUAAUUAAGGAAGACCGUGAUGAAUUGCUGGAAUCUAUUGCUAGAUUGAACAAUAUUUGUUGAUUUUUUCAUAUUCAUACCUUAUACAUGUAUAAAGAAUUUAUGCAAGUU